AGGAGUUCAUCUCUGAACUGGGUAACCAAAUUUUGCGUGUGUUCUUACAAUUAAUUUUUUCACAUUCCUUGCUUUUCAAGCACUCGAUUGGUUUUCAAUCACUCGAUUGGUUUUCAAUCACUUAAUCUGCAUUAGUAUUGUUCUUCAUCAAGAUUAAACUCAGUUUCUGCUGAGUCAUGAUCCUGACAAUUAUGGACCUUGUUUAUCGAUUGUGUGUAUUCAGGAAUUUGGUGAAUGGGGAUAAUUUCUCUGGAAAUUGGGUAACUGUUGGAGUGCUAACUGGGAAGGGGAUUCAGAAAACAAGUUCAAAUGGGAAGAGCUUUUGUAUAUGGAAAAUUGGUUGUUUGGAUGAAAACACUGUUCCUAUUUUCUUGUUUGGAAAUGCUUAUCAGAGGAAUUCCCAAGAGCAGGCAGGAACGGUCUUUGCAUUCUUCAAUUGUGGUGUUCGCAAGGAUGCCAAGGGUAAUGGCUUUUCUUUGAGUAUAUACUCCCCUAACCAAAUUGUGAAGAUGGGCACCUCUGUAGAUUACGGAGUUUGCAAAGCGAAAAGAGCGGAUGGGAUGGCAUGUACAAUGGCCAUAAAUAAGAUUGACUAUAUGUAA